GAACUAGUCGAACAAACCCGAGUACUGCCGAUAUACAUCUCGACUCGUCGAUUGGGUCGAGAGAAAGCUACUAAGCUAGAAGCUAGCAGGCUGUCAUACGGACUGGAUGUAGAAUCAUUUCCCCAGUUUUGAGAGGAAGAAUCGGAUAAAAUGCCGUCGCUUUUAUUCUGUGGGCCCAAACUGGCCGCAUGUGGAAUCGUGUUAAGCAUCUGGGGUGUCAUUAUGCUGUCAAUGUUAGGAAUUUUCUUCAGUGCAAAAUCUGCUGUGCUGAUCGAAGAUGUUCCAUUUACUGAGGAAGACAUCCGUGAUGACAAGAAUCCACCGCAGACCAUUUACGGACUCUACAACCAAGUUGGCAUCAACUGCUUCAUUGCUGCUGCCAUCUAUGUAGGUGUCGGCGCAGUGUCUCUCUGUCAGGUUCGCCUUAACAAGCGCCAGGAGUACAUGGUCACGUAAACCCAAACAAUUUCAAAUUCAACUGCAAUUAGUCAUAAUUAUUUAUUUCUAAAAGACUUCUCCAUGAUCUAGGAGCACAGUUUGUUCUGUUACAUUGUCUGAAUUGGAUAUAUUUGGUAGUUCAUCUUUGGGUCAAAAUCUAAAC